AUGGCGUCCAUCCUCAAACAGGCCCGUCAGUUGGCGGGUCUCGAAGGACAAAAGAAGGGGAAGGGAAAAGCACCAAAUCGAUACCCAGAAGUCAUCCAAACAAGCUACACAUCCCUAGCAGUAGACUAUCCAGCCGACUUCCUCGCUCCCAUCCCCGACCCAUCAACCAUCAAAGUCGAAAGAAUCGACUUCAAAAGCACCAAACUCAGCCAGUACAAAGACUUGUACGCCGUGGUCCUAGACAACGUCCUCACGCAAGCAGAAUGCGAUCAACUCAUGACCUACGCCGAGAUGUCCAAAGGAGCCCACAUAGCAAAGGACGACGAGCCCGCUGACAACGGAUGGACGCCCGCGCUCGUGAACGCCGGCAGGAAUCACGAGAUCCUCGUCCCACACUACAGAAACUCUGACCGCAUCAUCUGGGACGAGCAGGAAGUGACUCGACGGCUCUGGCAACGCAUCAUGCAAGCGGAAGGGAUGAAGGACUAUUUCUCCAGCUUGUCCGGCGAGCAGUAUCUCCCCGCCAUCGGCUCGUUCCGCGACGGCGAGAAGUGGACCAUCACCGAGUACGGCCUGAACGAGCGGAUGCGAUUCCUGAGAUAUGGGCCUGGUCAGUUCUUCAAGGAGCAUUGCGACGGGACGUACGAGACGCCCGAUGGGUCGCAGCGCUCUUUCUACACGUUCCAUCUCUAUCUCAAUGAUUCGGCACAGGCGCUGGGGAUCAAGAAGGGGUCCAAGGAGGAUACGCCUGAUUUGCUGCAUGGUGGCGCAACGACGUUUCAUUCCAAUGAUAUGCAGCAUAGGAUUGAUGUUGAUCCGAAGAUUGGGCGGGUUCUUAUCUUUCAGCAUCGACGGUUGCUGCAUUCGGGGGAUUUGGUCACGAAGGGGUUGAAGUAUACGAUGAGGACGGAUCUGAUGUUUCAGUUUGAGAGUCAGAAUGAGGAGGGGAAUUAUGCGGAUGGGGUUGUGUUUGAGUAA